AUGAAAUUAUUUGAUCAAGAAGAACAUGUGAAUAGUAGUUAUAAUGUAACAUCGGAUGACGAUGAAACUAGAGAUAGAGAAGAUGAUUACAAUCAGAAUGCGGAGAAGUUAACUUCAUCCGUUCGAUGGCUACUUAAUAAAGCGUACAAUAAUUCUACACCUGAUUAUUUGCCACAAAAACAAGACAAAACAAAUCGAUUUACUGAAAAUAAAACAUAUUGGCGUUGUAUAUAUUAUAAUUCUCAAAAAUGUCAUGCUCGUCUUCAUACAUGUAAUAUUACCAAUAAUGUUAUAACUCCACCUUCUGAUCAUACAUGCAAAAGUAAUGGUAUUACAGGUGAACUUCGAAAGUUUAAUGAAGAUCUUUGGUAUCGUACAAUGAAUACACAGGAAACACCUGAUUUAAUUAUAACACAUUGUUGUAAAAAAUGUAAUAUUUUAACUUUCUCUUAA